AUGUCCAACACACCACCUAACCCCAACCAACCGCAACACCACACGCAACACUGCUCCCCCCGCCCACCACUACACCACUCAGACACAUCCGGCUCAACAAUAUCCACCACAUCCAUCGCCUCAGCGUCCUCUACAACAUCAACGACGACGACGGCAACAGAUACGGAUGGAGAUGGAGAUGCGGAUGGGUUGGGUUUCACACCGCCUAUGACGAGUACACCUACGCCAGGGUAUCAUGGUACCACCACCGCCACCACCACUUCAAGCCCAAACACAACAGCUUUAACCGCACCCUCGAGCCCAAACACCACCACCCCGAGCACCCAAACGACCCCGAUUGUGCUUCUCCGUGUUAGAGUUGUUGGGUGUGAUAAUUUGUUGGGCAAGGAUCGGGGCGGGACGAGCAGUGAUUUCUUCGUCCUCCUCUCCCUCCCAACCUCCCAACCCUCGCCCUCGCCCUCCAAACCAUCCAAAUCCAAAUCAAUCAACAAACACGCAACACCCACAAUCAAACGCACAACCUCACCCACCUUCCCCGCCCCUCAAUCAACCUUCGACCUGCCUCCCUACAUGAGCGUUGCCACAGAGUAG